AGCUUUAUGAGUUUUAGAAGUUUAUCAUUUCAGAUUUCUGGACUGAAACCGCUGAAAAAAUGAUAAAAUUUCUGAUCUUUUUGUUGAUGUGGCGUCUGACUGGUGUGUUUGGGGAUGAAGUGAAGUCAGUGUCAGUGAUGGAGGGAGAUUCUGUUACUCUAAACAGUAAUAUUACUGACAUACAGAGAGUUGCAGUGAUACUGUGGACAUUUGGAGAUGAAAAUACUCUCAUAGCUGAAAUUGUUAAAGCAGCUAAAAGAGUCUCAAUAAAAGCUGAUGUUCCUGGUGGGAGAUUCAGAGACAGACUGAAGUUAAAUAAUCAGACUGGAGAUCUCAUCAUCACAAACAUCACAACUCAACACACUGGACUUUAUCAAAUAAUCAUCAGCAGAACUGGAACGAUCUCAUUGAGAUUCAAUGUUACUGUCUAUGCUCAUCUGCCCAUUCCUGUCAUCAGCAGAGACUCUUGUUCAAGCUCAAACUGUGUCUUUGUGUGUUCAGUGUUGAAUGUGAGUGAUGUGAGUGAUGUGAGUCUGUCCUGGUACAAAGGAAACAGUUUAUUGUCCAGCAUCAGUGUGUCUGAUCUCAACAUCAGCAGCAUCUCUCUUCAUCUGGAGUGUCUGGAUGAUUCUUACAGCUGUGUGGUGAACAAUUCAAUCAGUAAUCAAACUCAACAUCUCAACAUCACUGAUGUCUGUCAGCCGUGUUCAGAUUGUGUCAGCUGUUGCAAUACUACUGAAGUUGUGAUCCGAUUGGCCGUCUCUGCUCUGGUGGGUGUGGCUACUGUAGCUGUUCUGAUUUAUGACAUCAGAUCCAGAAAAGCUGAAUAGGAGAGAAGAUCAUAGACAUAAGCAAACACAAACUUCAUCUAUAGAUUCACAGCUUACAACUUUGGGUUUCUGACUGUUGUGAUAUUUUUCCUUUAUUUUUUGUGGGUGAGAGGCGAUAAGGGGAGGAAGGUUUUAAAAGCUUUGUCCAUAAUACUGCAACAUCAUUAUGCUUUUCUACAUAUACAAUUUGUUAGACUUGUUUAUUUUUCCACACCACUGAAGAAAAUGUUUCACAGAUUUCUGUUCUGUUUGUUCAUUCAUGUGGCGUCUGAUUGGUGAGUUAUAAAUGUGUUUUUAUUUCUUCAAUUCUUUCAAAGUAUUUGUAUUAUUAUAAUGGGAUUCAGGUCUGUGCUUUUGUUUGGUGCAUUUGGAAGAGAUCCAGCCAUUUUGUUUAUUAUAUGUGUCUAGAUGUCUUUCUGAGGCUAAAACAUUUUACAAUACAACUUAAACAUCUUUUAUAGCCUAAAUGACUUUAUUGUCACCACUCAUUUAUUUUUCUUCAUUGUUUGUGUGUUUAGAGCAGUUUAACAUUUUCAAACACAUAAUGUAAUGAUCUGUCAUUCAUCAUUAUUGACCGGUCAGUUGUGUUUGUUGUGUUGAUGAUGUUUCCCUCUAGUGGCUGAAUAACAAAACAUUCAGCUUCUAACAUAUCACAAAUGCAGAAUAAAGACUGUAUGUACUUACAUGUAUACUUUAAACUAACCAUGCUUUUUAUAUUCUGUAAUAAUUUUG